CGCUCAUCUCCGACCCCGCGUUCGUCGCGGUGCACAAGGCCCGCACGGAGCCGCAGCUCCUCAUCGUCGCCAACUCCUUGCAUGGCGUGGCCAGCGGAGGGCGCCGGCGUCGCCGCCGCCGCGACCUGCAGCUGCUGGACGCGGACGGCAGCGUCGUGAGGGUGGUCAAGUCCGUAGGUGACCUCUGGACCAUCACAUCCGGCCCCCACGGCCCCGUCUGCGCCACCCGCGUCGGCCGCGUGCUCAACGUGAUCGAUCUGGCCACCGGAGACGUGCUCGCGACCUCGACGGAGAUGGGCGACGGCGGAGCGACCUGCACCUUUGGCAUCGGGUACGCUGCCCCGUCGGGCAAGUACAAGGUGGUCCGCCUCAUGAUCACACUCAGUCAUAGUCAUCAGCCGAAGCACACCUGCGAGGUUCUCACAUUGGAAGACGGCGCCGGGGGAUGGAGGUGGAUGCAGUCACCACCAAUUGCAGGCUAUUUUGGCCUCCACAGAAACUCUAUGGUCACGAUAGACGGUGUGCUCUACGUCCUUUACAGCUUACCUCGAGCGCAGGGGGGCAGGAGCUAUGUCAUCUGCCUUGACCUCGAGACUGAGCAAUGGAAGAGGUCCAUCAAAGCCCCAAAUAUGAUGUCGACGAGGCCCCGUAUGGUCGAGCUCAAUGGCACCCUUUCCGUGGUUCACUGGGAGUGGGAGGGAUACCAGAACAAGCAAGCUUGCACGGCCAUAUGGCUCCUGUCUGAUUUGGCCAAGAGCACCUGGGUCAAGGCGUACGUGAUCCCGAUGCCUCCAACCAUUGAUCUAGUGAUCCCUCUGAGGGUGAUGCGCUAUGGUGGAAAGCUAAUGUGUUAUUGCUUACAUAGUGACAGAGCAAGUCCGACGCUACAAGUCUAUGAUCCGCUCAAUGGGACAUGCACACACCUGGCAGAUCUUCCGGGAAACCUAUUGGCUGACGUUGGUUUUUGCAACCUGCACUUGGAAAGUUAUGUACGUCCCACCUAAGGUCUCACCGGUGGCUGCAACGGUUGAAUCGACUCUCACAACGAGGUUUGAUGCUUCCUUUGGGGGAGGGUUGGAACAACAUGAACGCCAAGAGGAGGGCUCCAGAUGACAAUUUUGCAGGAAUUUUAUGUGUAUUAAUUUAUUUUUAUCAAUGGGAUUCAUUGUACUUUCUUUGUUAAAUCAAGAUAAACGAUAAUUCUCCAUAACAUUAAGGGCAUUUUUGGUACUACUCUACUUCAUAAAAUUCAGUUCCAUUGGAUCAAAUUCACUUUGGAGCGGUUUCAUACAUAAGUUGUAACUCUUUUAAAGAGAGUGUAUGGCUUCCAUCUACCUCCAGCUUCAAGAAUGAGAAAUUUGAUGGAAAAA